CGGCCCUCCCAGGUCCUUCCUGGCCCACAGCCACCAAGCAAACAAAGCCCCAGCUGUGAACCCAGCCACAGCGCAGGCCUUGUGGCCAGCAGGAGGACCCGGGUGUAGAAGAAGAAGUCCAGCCGGUUCCUGUCAUUCUGACAGCCUGCGACUCCACAGCCCCAUCUCCACCAUCUCGCAGGAAGCUGAGCAUUUUCUACUCGCUGAGACCUCACACCUUCGGUGCAUAAAGACACUAAGAGGCAAACCAUUGGAGCCAGGGCAGGCCAGGAUGGAGAGUCCAGCUCCCACAGAGGACUACGGCCUGACCACCGAAUACGACUAUGGUGACUCAACCCCGUGCCAUAAGGAGGCCGUGAGGGUCUUUGGGUCCCAGCUGCUGCCACCCUUGUACUCCCUGGUGUUCAUCAUCGGCGUGGUGGGCAACAUCCUGGUGGUCCUGGUCCUCAUGAAGUACAAGCGACUCCGAAGCAUGACCAGCAUCUACCUGCUCAACCUGGCCCUCUCAGACCUGCUCUUCCUCUUCACACUUCCCUUCUGGAUUGACUACAAGGUGAGAGACACCUGGAUCUUCGGUGAUGGCAUGUGUAAGCUCCUGUCUGGCCUCUACCAUGUGGGCUUGUACAGUGAGAUCUUCUUCAUCAUCCUGCUCACCAUUGACAGAUACCUGGCCAUCGUCCAUUCCGUGUUUGCGCUUCAAGCCCGGACCAUCACUUUCGGCAUUGUCACCAGUGUCAUCACCUGGGCCCUGGCCAUCUUGGCUUCUGUCCCAGGCCUGUACUUUGCCAAGACACAGAGAGUGUUCACUCAAUACACCUGCAGCCUUUAUUACCCCCACGAAAGCCAUCAGGCCUGGCGGUACUUUCAGGCUCUGAAGAUGAACCUGCUGGGACUCAUCUUGCCACUCCUGGUCAUGGUGUUCUGCUACACAGGCAUCAUCAAGGUCCUGCUCCAACGACCCAACAAAGAGAAGGCCAAAGCCGUCCGGCUGAGCUUCAUCAUCAUGAUCAUCUUUUUCCUCUUCUGGACCCCGUACAACCUGGCUGUGUUUGUUUCAGCUUUCCAGUUGCACAUGUUCACCAACUACUGUGAGCAGAACAAACAGCUGGACAUGGCCAUGCAGGUGACAGAGGUGAUCGCCUAUACCCACUGCUGUGUCAACCCCAUCAUCUAUGUGUUCGUGGGCAAGAGGUUCCGGAAGUACCUGUACGAACUGUUCCAGACACAAGCAGCUGUGCGCUUGGACAAGUGUCAGCACUUCCUCAACAGGGGUCGGCUGGAGAGGUCCAGCUCUGUGUCUCUUUCCACUGGCGAACAGGUACUGUCUGGAGUGCUCUAACUUGAACCCCUGCAUGCCAGUGUGGGUCCCAGUGGGAGUGACCUGCCAGGUGAGCCACCAAGCCUUGUGGGGAGGCAGUGUGGUCAUCCCCACCAGAUUUCCCCACCCCGCACAGCAUUGAAACUUAGCCUUUGAGACAGAGAGUGCUUAAAAUUGGUCUAGACUCAGACACCUGGGGCUUCAAUCCUGCCAUGACUCUUCUUGGUGGAGAGGGACAAAUGGGUGACAUGUGACAUUCCAGCCUGAGACUGUGGACCCCAGAGAAUGGCUUGGGUCCAACCAGGAUGCCCAGGCUGCAAAUGCUGGCAUUGGAAAAAAACCCUGUUGCAGCAGCCCUGAUGAACGUGGAAAUGGUGAUUUCAGGGUGACACCCUACUGAGUCCUAGAGCCAGCACGAGACCCAUAGCUGCCUCCCCCACCCGCCCCAUCUUCUGGAAACUCAGAAUAUAGAACUCAGGGUGGCCAACUUGACACCAACCAGGAAAUGGGACUAGGGACGUGCUGUUGGCAGUGAAAAUGUAGAAAGGGAGCCAGGGAGACCCCUGCCUGGCAGGUGGGUGGAGAACACUCUGUCCUGAAGCAGAGGAGGAGACGCCCUGAGCAGGAAGUAGCUCAUUCACCCAAGCGUCCUGUGACAAAGACCAUUGCAAAGUGGCUCUGAGCAGGAUUUAGUAUUAACCAAUUGGCUUUCCAUGAGUACUUGUGAGUUGUCUUAAG